GAAUCAAUUGUUUAGUCAAGGGGUUUCAGAUCUCUCUCUUUCUUUUCUUCUUCUUCCUUCUCUCUACAAAUUUUUUUUGCUUGUUCUCUGAGACGAUGAUGAAGAAAAAUUAAUGGCAGAAACGAAAAGGAUAAUUAUUAUCUAAGAUAUUACCCUGGGGAAUUCAUGAUUUGAUCUCCUCUUGGGGUUUGAUUGCUAGCUUGUACCUUCAAUUGGAAUACUUUCCUGUUGAAGCUUUGGAAACUUAGAGAUCGAAACAGUAUACUUCAAACAAAGAUAGACUUGAAUUUAAUUUUCUGAUUUCAAAAUGAUGGGGAUAUUUGAAGACAUGGGUGCUUUCAAUGGAAAUCUUGAUUUUCUAUCAUCUGUUCCUCAAGUGGAACCAGAUUUUGCUCCUGAAAAUGAACCGGAGGCAACUGUAGAAGAAGAUUACAGUGACGAAGAAAUGGAUGUUGACGAACUCGAGAGGAGGAUGUGGAGAGAUCGAAUGCUCUUAAGGCGUCUCAAAGAACAAAACAAAGGAAAGGAAGGAGUUGAUAGUGUUAAACAACGUCAAUCACAAGAGCAGGCUCGUAGGAAGAAGAUGUCAAGGGCACAAGAUGGAAUUCUCAAAUACAUGUUGAAGAUGAUGGAGGUGUGCAAAGCUCAGGGUUUCGUGUAUGGGAUCAUCCCUGAGAAGGGUAAGCCAGUGAGUGGAGCAUCUGAUAAUCUCCGUGCCUGGUGGAAAGAGAAGGUUAGAUUUGAUCGAAAUGGUCCAGCAGCGAUCGCCAAAUACCAGGCAGAUCAUGCAAUUCCUGGUAUGAACGAAGACAUCAACGCUGGAGCGUCUACCCCUCAUACUUUGCAAGAACUUCAGGACACCACACUCGGGUCUCUCUUGUCUGCUCUCAUGCAGCACUGUGACCCUCCUCAGAGGCGGUUCCCACUGGAGAAGGGUGUUUCACCACCAUGGUGGCCCUCUGGAGAUGAGGAAUGGUGGUCUCAAUUGGGCUUACCAAAAGAUCAAGGUCCUCCACCCUACAAGAAGCCUCAUGAUCUGAAGAAGGCAUGGAAGGUUAGCGUAUUGACUGCUGUGAUCAAGCAUAUGUCACCAGAUAUUGCCAAGAUCCGAAAGCUUGUAAGGCAGUCUAAGUGCUUGCAGGACAAAAUGACGGCAAAGGAGAGUGCAACUUGGCUGGCUAUAAUUAACCAAGAAGAAACCUUGUCUAGGAAACUCCAUCCUGGGAUUUGCCCACCUAUGUCUUCUGCUGGUGGCAGUGGAUCCUUCACCAUCAGUGACAGCAGUGAGUAUGAUGUUGAAGGGGUUGAAGAUGAGUCAAACAUGGAAGUACAAGAGUUGAAGCCCAGGGAUAUGAAUCUGUUUAAUCUGGGAGGCAUAGGGGGAUUUGUCGGAGCAAAGGAAAGAAUCAUGGUUCAGCCAACACCUCCUCAGAUGAAGGGAGAUAUGGUUAACUCAGAUUUCAUCAGGAAGAGGAAGCCCUUGGAAGAUCUGGAGACCGUGGUGGACAACAAAAUUUAUACUUGUGAGUAUAAAGCAUGCCCUUACAGCGAUUACCGUGUUGGAUUUCUUGAUAAGACUUCGAGAAACAAUCACCAGGCAUCUUGCCAACAUGGCUAUUCUUCUCAAGGGUUUGGAAUCUCAUCAAAUUUUCAGAUUAAUGAGGAGAAGCCACAACCGGUUUUCAACAUGCCAUUCACGCAGUCGAGCCCAGCUUCUAUUCCAUCUAAUGCAAACCAAAGUCAAAAUCCUAACCCAAAUCCAACUUCAACCGCACCUUCAUUCAACCUAUCUAGUCUUGGGAUUCCGGAAGAUGGGCAGAACAUGAUUAAUGACUUAUUUUCAUUCUAUGAUACAAAUGUUCCGCAGGUUGCGAAUCCUAAUCAUGGAGGCAUUGGUGGGGUAAGAGAUAAUCAAACUCCUACACAGAACAAAGUGCAACUUGAUGGAAGAUUCUACGGCCAAGGGGUUGUUGGUAUGGGGGUUGGUCAGAUCUAUGAACAAACCAGCAAUGCAGUUAACACUCCCAUGAGCCAAAACAUGAAUCAGAACACUCCCAUGAGCCAAAACAUGAACCAGAACAUGUUUCCAGUGGAGGAAAUUCAGUUUGAGCAGUCUUUCGACUCAAACCCACGUGAAAUCACUACUGAUCAUUUCAGAUUUGGGUCUCCUUUCAAUAUGGCAUCUGUUGAUUACCAGGAGGUUAUGCCAAGAGGAAACAUGGAGUCGUAUCCUAAACAGGACAACAACAAUUCUCCAUUGUGGUAUCUCUGAAUAAACGGAGUACCAAAAUAACAAGGUUUCAUAUUGUUUCUUGAUGGGGGUGCUGUUAUCUUUCAAUUGAGGUCGAGGAGCUUUUUUCUCUGGAGAAACUGUAUAAACGGAGGAGGAAGGGUUGCUAUUGACGUUGUUCGACUCCAAUCAGGUGAAGUUUCUACGAUCUCAGUUGGCUUCAUGAAUUUAGCUUACUAGUUGUGGUGAGUUGGUUCUCAAUUUGCCAGUGUCUUUAAAAAUCUGAAGAAGCCGUUGGUUUUUUUCAGUCAGAAUUAGGCGUCCUUUAGGUCUAGAAUCUCUAAGGUUUAUGUCUACGGCAGGCUUUCCUGGUAAAAGCUUCAUCAGACUUUUGGUGUUUGUUACUUUUUUUUUUUUUUUUACUUUAUAGACUCUUGGUGGUGCAGAACCUUAAUUAUAAGUUAUAUUAUAAAUUAUAAUAUCAUUAAUGUAAUAUAUAGUAAUUUUAAGUACGGUUGGAGUGUUUGUUGUUGCUUUUUUCAAUUUGCUGAUUUGCACCCAUGUUCA